UUGCUUCUUGAAUCACGACGACUUCUCCAAAGAGAAAACAGGGGAAAUCAAAGGCGCUUCUGGGUGAGACCAAUAUUCACGGCAAGGAAAACAUACGGAUGCUAUCAUACUCUUGUUCAAGAACUCCGCCUUGGGGAUCGAGAAUGGUACUUCAAAUUUAUAAGAAUGUCUCCUGAGCGGUUUGAACACUUACUUAGCCUGGUUGCUCCACGUAUAUCCAAACAGAAAACGAAGCUUCGAGAGCCUAUUGGACCGGCAGAGCGCCUUUGUAUUACUCUACGAUACCUUGCUUCGGGAGAUUCUCAGCAAACACAGUCGUUUCAUUUUCGCGUUGGCAAGGCAACCGUAUCGAAAAUAAUUGCAGAAACUUGCAAUGCAAUAUGGCUUUGCUUAAAGGAGGAUUAUCUUAAGCCUCCUCGAACAAGAGAACAGUGGAAAAGAAUCGCCACUGAGUUUGAACAGCUGUGGGGAUUCCCGCACUGCCUGGGAGCAGGCGAUGGCAAGCAUGUGGUUAUUGAUUGCCCUAAGAAAGGCGGAUCCACUUACUUUAACUACAAAGGGACCUUCAGUAUUAUACUCUAAGCCUACUGUGAUGCCAGGUACCAAUUUACCUUAGUGGAUAUCGGCCAAUUUGGUAGUCAAAACGAUUCUGGUACCUACAAUGAUUCUCUUAUCAGUUCAGCCCUUGAAAACAAUACCCUAAAUCUACCACCUGCUGAAGAUCUUGAUGGAUGUACUCUUAAACCUCUGCCAUAUGUUUUUGUUGUCGAUGAAGGUUUGCCGCUAACGUCUUUCCAAAUGCGGCCUUGGCCAGGAAGAAAUCUUUCAGAGGACCACGCAAUAUUUAAUUAUCGUCUAUCAAGAGCAAGGCGUAUAAUAGAAAACUGUUUUGGUAUUCUAGCAGCAAGGUGGAGAGUUUUUCGCCGCCCAAUUCGCGCGAGCGUUUAUCUGGUUCAGAAGAUAAUAGAAGCCGCUGUUUGUCUUCACAACUACCUCCGCCUCACAGAUAACGCCAUGUACUGCCCACAGGGAUUUGUUGACUGUGAAGACAGUAGCGAACGCCUUCAGCAAGGGGAAUGGAGA